AUGGCCAAGUAUAACAGCGGAUACGAUAGCUGUCCACUGAGCAUAGUACACGGUAAAAAUCCGAAGUCAAUAAAAAGUCUGAACGAUUUUGAAAAGUCAGAAUCUCAGAAUCUCAGAAUCUCGAAAUCUCAGAAUCUCAGAAUCUCAGAAUCUCAGAAUCUCAGAAUCUCAGAGUCUCAGAAUCUCAGAAUCUCAGAAUCUCAGAAUCUCAGAAUCUCAGAAUCUCAGAAUCUCAAAAUCUCAGAAUCUCAGAAUCUCAGAAUCUCAGAAUCUCAGAAUCUCAGAAUCUCAGAAUCUCAGAAUCCCAGAAUCUGA